AUGGAAUCAAGUACAUAUAGGGAAAACGAUGUAUCGGAAGAUAAUACUUCCAUAUUAGAAGAAAAGGAGGAGGAUGAUAAAUCAUCGCGUGCUAAGGGGAAUGGUCUCCCUUUCGUUCUAUUUACAUCUCUUGUUUUUUUGACGUCCACGCCUGCUCUUUUGAAUAUUUCCUCCUUACCUUCUCUUAUAGAAAAGAACGAUUCUGUGAAUAAGCCGAUUUGUUUGAUAGGACUGGUUGAAGGAGAGCUAGAGAAAGAAGAAGAAUGGAAAAGCUGCACUUGGGAUAACAGGAAGAUACAAUUGGAGGAGGAUUUCAAUGAAUUCUAUUUUAUGUUGGAUAAGGAGAGGAAAGAAUGGCUUGACGAGAUGGAAGGAGAAUGGGAAAAGUUGAUACAAGAAAUGGAAAAUAAAUGGACAACUCAUGAAGAAAGCUUUGGGAAGAUCGCACAUUUAUCUGAUAUUUCUGAGGAGUCUUCAAUAUGGGGCGACAGGCAAUGGGAACAAUGGAUUAGAACAGAGGGGAAAAGAGGCAUGGAAACAGAUUUGAAAAAAUGGCUAAAUGAUAAAGAGAACUUUUUGAAUGGAUGGAUUUCUAAAGAAUGGACGCAGUGGAAAAACGAAAGAAUGCCAUGGAUGACGAAUGAAUGGAAAAAUGGUGAAGGUUGUUAUAAGGAGGAUUGGGAAAAGAGCAAAUCAUUCAAAUCGUUGCCAAUAACAGAAAAAAUGAAGUGGAUAAAAUGGAAAGGGAGAAACAGUAAGGAGUCUGCCGAGUGGACAAAUUGGGUUAACAUUAAAGAAUCUGUGUACAUACAUAAGGAGUGGAAUAAAUGGAUAGAAUGGAAAAAUAAUAAAAGAACGCUGUUUAAAAUAUGGAAGGAUUUAUUUAUUGAUAGGUGGGUUAAUGAAAAACCGUGGCUUACGUGGAAAUUAAAGUGA